AUGGAUCAUCACGCUCAUCAUUCCGGUAUGGACAUGGAUCAUGGUCAUGGCGAUAUGGAUAUGGGUUCCAAGUGCAGUAUGAAUAUGCUUUUCACCUGGUCCACCCAAAACCUGUGUAUUGUAUUUCCUCGGUGGCGAGUGACUGGGGUCCUUUCUCUCCUCGUUUCCUUGGUCGUUAUUGUGCUCUUGACAGCUGGCUACGAGGGUGUUCGCCAGUUGACUAGACGCUUUGAGGCCGCCCAUGCUAAACGAUUAAGUGCGUUUACAUCAGCUACGACUGGAGGCAAUGACGUCGCCGACGAAUCUGCCCCGACUGGCCUCCCUGCUCACCAAACCCAUCUUCCCGACUCAGGCUUACCGCUACUUGUAGGCAGCGAUAAUCGAAGGAAACUGGAGCAGAGGGGGAAGAUCAUCAUGGCUACCUUGUAUGCCGUGCAGGUGUUCUAUAGUUUCUUUAUCAUGUUACUCUUCAUGACUUAUAACGGGUUGAUUAUGCUUUCGGUUGCUGUCGGUGCGUUCGUAGGGUAUCUGGUCUUCGGGGAGAACAUGUCCGCUUCGAAGACGGUCGCUUGUCAUUGA